AUGGUGAGGAACAGGCGUCAGUCAAUUGUGGAGGAAAUAGCCAGUGGAGAUCAUGUGGUCGUCACUCCCGAGCCACCACUCAAACCACAACUAUCCCACCAGGUAUCCGUCUGCAAAGCAAAAAGUCUCAUAGACUUGAGCAUCAAGUCAUCCGAAUGGGAAACCAGUGAUAAACUUUAUUUGGAUCCAUUAGAUGGCAAAACGCUGGAUACAAUAUGGAGGAAACAUGGUCAAAAAUACAAUUAUCAGACCUAUCUAUCGAAAGAGGCGAUCAAUGCCAUUGAGGACGAACAAAUGGACCAUCUACUCAAUUUUGCAACGGCUUGCGACAUCAAUAGCAAUGCCCUUAACGAUCUCGUUACAGAAUCGGACAACAUUUUGGAGAAGCUCUCCAAAUUGGAGAUUAAGUAUUAUCAAGUGACAAGUGAGACGGCAGAAUUUGAUCAAGGGCUGAAACGUCUCUUGGAUAUUCAAGCAGAGGAAAAAGCUCGAUACGAGCAAAUGACAGGUUAUUUAAAACACUUCACAAAGUUUGAUUUUAUUGCCAAGCACUUGAAUCGCAGUGGUUACCGCCUAGUUGUUCUGCGGAGUGAUGUAUUUCGGAACGAAAUUUUGGCGGUACUCGAUGAUGCAAUUAAGUUUUUGAACGAACAUCCCAAUUUGAAAGAUAUCGAGAUCUACAAGUCUCGAUUUCGACAAUGCAUGACUCGCUCAAUGACCUUGAUCAAGAAUUGGUUAGUAGAUGAGAUAAAGUCUCGUCAAGAUCAAGUGGUUUCGUUAGCAUCCAAAUCCAAAAAAGCCAAUCCGGAGUUAUUCGUGUUUGCGGAAUUUAUGAGUUACGAUUAUGACACAUUCAGAUCUUGGGUUGAGGAAAUUGAAAAGCGUAUCCCUGAGCAUGCUGAAUACAAGGGAUUGCUUUGGGACGUCAACAAUCAAUUCUUCAAAACUCGUCUCAAACUUAUUCGUACAAUACCACCAUUCACAGCGACUGAUGACAUACCAGUUGUCCAAAAGGUACAAGAGUUAUUUAACUACUAUAACAGGUUGGUAAUCAAGGAGCUUGACAUCUACCUCAAGUACUUUGGUGCUGAUGCUGAUCAGGACCAGCUUUAUCAUUAUCUCAGGACAAUGCUUGAUACCUUGUACGACACAAUCAGAGGAAUGAUUCUUAAAGAGACUAAUAUCAGUGAGCUCUGUCAACUCGCAACCCUCCUUCAAAAGUAUUAUGAAUUUGAAGGUGAAGCAUCCCCGACAGAGGUCAAUUUCGGAGCCCUUUAUAAGUCUAUUGUUGAAGAAGUACAAGCUCGACUAAUUUUCCGCAUUCAGCUUUAUGUCGACAAUAUUCUUAUGAAGUAUCAGCCGAAGGCUGAAGAUUUACAACUUGGUCGGAGGAGAAGUUCAUCGACGCAAGCUGAGGUGAAUGUUUUGGAUGUUGACUUCAAGGAAAACUUGUUUGAGUCGCUCUACCUUCCGCUCGGGAAAGGCUUGACUUUAUUGACGACAAUUUAUGGACUUAUUAACAAUGCGGUUUUUGACGAUAUAGCCCAUUAUAUUGUCCAUGCGUGUAUUGAGCUUCUCAAUGGGCAUUUCAUUAAUUUGGCCACUACUCAUCUUGGGGCCCUUGAUGCAAAGUUGUUGUAUCUCAAGAACUUGCUACUCUUGCGUGAGCAGGUCAACAAUUUUGACAUUAGAAUCGUUCAUAACGACUAUUCCAUCGACUUCACCCUGGGUUUGACUGAUAUAUGGCAAACCUUGCGCCAGGGUCAGUUUAGUCUUAAUAACGCUGGACUCAUAGAAAUGGUUCAGAAGUCUGUGCCUCGAGUUGUUAACAAUAUGAGUGAUGCAAACCAUGAAAUCGAAAUGGAGCUCAACAAUGCUGUCAACGAUUUUAUAAAGGAAGCAUCUAAUAUUGUAAGUGAGCCUAUAAUCAGUGGCCGGGAUUCUCUGGAUCCUAAAGCUGUUAACUCGAGUUACAAGCAUGCCCUCAUCACGAAAGUGCCUUAUGUCUAUAAGCAGUUGGUUGUGUUCAUUUCAGAUCCUCUCGUACGGAAUUACUUGAUGACAAACUUGACGAAUUUAUUAGUGGUCACGUAUGAAAACUACUAUACUUAUUUAGUAGGUCAUUUGACUGACAAGCUGCUUAUCAACGACUUGAUGGAAGUUGACACGAUGAGAGGGUUCUUGACCGAACUAGUUAAUGAGCAAUAUGAAGGUAAUCAAUAG